AUGCAGAAGUAUUCGUUUGGUGAGUUAGGUUACGAGGUCACGGCCUGUGGUUUGGAACGCAACAUCUGUUCAUUGGAGCAGAUCACUAAACAUCAGUUGAAUCUAGUUGGUUUGUUCCUGUCCGCUUUUGAAAGAGGCUGUAAAGCCGUUCAGCUGUACAAUGUGGAGAAUAAAGAGCCAUGGACCGGUAUUCUUAUUAAGAUACUGUCGUCGGGCGAGGCCGAAAAAAUGAAAUAUGUUAAUGUCGACGCGCUCCCGUUUCCUUACCCUUUUCAAAACCUCAUCCAACACUUCCGCUGUGUUGACGCAAUUAGUUUUGUAGGGACGUGUUUUCUCGCCCGAGCUUCCCGAUACAGGAUUCGCGCCGGCGACUGUACCUACCGAGCAAAAGAGACACAGAAGCGAGGCGUUCUGUCAGUCCGUGAACACACAUCACACCACGUGACCCGGUUACGGCACUCCAGACAUCUCGAUGGCUACCUACCUAUACACACUUCGGGCUUCGUACCGGGGACGUCGCCGAAGCUGGCGGUGAAGGACAACCACAAACCACUCUUUACAGAGUGCUUGAACUACAAGCCAACAGUCAAGGAGGAGCAACCUGUUGGGACUUACGUAUUCACGGUACACGCAGAAGAUAGAGAUCCGCCCGAGAUGGGAGGCACAGUCACAUACAAAUUCGUCUCCACUCCGGGAGAGAAAGAGAGGUUUCACGUAGACCCUGAAACGGGGAGAAUAACUACAGCUGAUAUAUUCGACCACGACGAGCCGUCGCGUGAAAAGGAGGCCUACAUAACGGUCAGGGCGAGUGACAACGGCCAGCCUCAGUUGGACGACGCGUGCACCAUCAAGAUCCUCAUAGAGGACAUCAAUGACAACCAACCGGUUUUCGACAAAGUUUCGUACUCGGAGUCGGUGCCACAAGACCUGCCAAGCGGUCGUGAAGUCAUGAGGAUAUCGGCCACUGACAUUGACGAUGGAAACAACUCCAUCGUACAUUACAGCUUGGACUCGAAUUCACCGGACCAGGCGUACUUCUACAUAGAUCCAGACAACGGAGUAAUCUUUUUAAACAAGACUAUUGAUAAAGUUCCCGGGUAUAAAUUUAAGUUGAGUGCCAUAGUGAAAGAUAUGGGCGAUCCGCCUCAGCAAAGUUCGAUUACUUUAGACAUUCAAGUCAUAGAGUCUAACAAGAAAAGCCCGUCUUUCAUAGAAGUUCCCGAUGAACCGAUAAGAUUAAAAGAAAAUUACGCCGACUUCAAUACGCCUAUAGCCACAGUCAGAGCUGUUUCAAACAUACCCGAAGAGAAGAAAUUACAGUUCGAAUUAGUAAUGGGUCAAACCGAGCAAACGAAUAAAUGGCAUACGUUUGUCUUGGAGCCAGAGGCCGAUUCGGCGUACAUAAAGCUCGGUAACCAUUUGGACUACGAGAAAAUCACCGAUUACACGUUGACUGUGAGGAUACAGAACAACUACAAACUGGCAGCGGAGACGAUAAUACAGAUAGAGGUUGAGGACGUGAACGACAACAUACCGAUAUUCAGCGAGAUAAGAUCGGGCAGCGUGUUAGAGAACGAGCCGCCGGGCACGCCCGUUAUGCAGGUGCGCGCCUUCGACGCGGACGGCACGUCAGCCAACAACCAAGUGACCUACGAGCUGGGCGACCCCUCCGACCCGUUCGCUAUAGACAGCAUCACGGGCAACAUAACCACCCUGAAGAUGUUCGACCGCGAGGAGAGGAGCUUCUACAACAUAAAGAUCAUCGCGACGGACAACUCGGAGUCGGCGCUGAUACCGGGGAAGCAUAACGCCGGCCAGCAGGUGUUCUUGAUAGAGAUCGCGGACAAGAACGACAAUAGGCCGCACUUCACCCAGGAGACGUACGUCGCCGAGUCCAUUGCGGAGAACGCGAACAUCAACGAGCUGGUGACGCAAGUGACCGCGGUGGACAUCGACACAGCCUCCGUGGUAACGUACAGCAUAGUGGCCGGCAACACUUACGACGCGUUCGUCAUAAGGAACUUCACGGGCGAGAUUCGCGUCAACAACGAGUUGGACUACGAGAACAUCACUAGUUACAGCCUCGACGUGAAGGCCUUCGACGGACUGUUUGAGGACUACGCCAAAGUUAUUAUAAACAUCGAGAAUUUGAACGACAACCCGCCAGUGUUCCUAGCGAACUACACGAAGACCAUUGAAGAGGAGAAACUUUACGAAGGCUGUAUUGUGAAGGUGGAGGCAUACGAUCCGGACAUAAAAGAUCGCAACGCGCCUCAGAACAUAGUCUACUCGCUGGUCAAGCACGAACAGAAGGAGUUCCUGCAGAUAGACAACGACGGCUGUCUCCGUCUCACCAAGCCCUUGGACCGGGACCAGCCUUCGGGGUUCACGAGGUGGCAGAUCCUGAUAAUGGCGGCCGAUCAGGGCGGCAGGCUCGGGUCCGACAGCCUGAGAUCCACAACCGAGGUCAUCUUGGAGCUCACGGACAUCAACGACAACGCACCAUUCCUCACUAAUACUCAGCCCGUCAUAUGGUACGAGAACGAGCCGCCUGGGCAGGUGGUAGUGCUCACCGCCAAGGAUUACGACUCCGCUGAGAACGGCCCGCCUUUCACCUUCGCGCUCAACGAUUCAGCCAGCUUCGACAUACGAUCGAAGUUCCACAUACAAGGCAACGUACUAUCGACUUUAGUAUCAUUCGAUAGGGAGCAGCGGAAGGAGUACAGGAUACCGGUGGCGAUAACCGAUUCAGGGACGCCACGACUGACCGGUGUGUCCAUACUGCACGUGGUGAUCGGAGACAGAAACGACAACCCUAUGGCCCCGGGGCACAGCGAUAUAUUCGUAUACAAUUACAAGGGCGAGGCACCGGACACCGAGAUCGGGCGCGUGUUCGUCGACGACCCGGACGACUGGGAUCUGCCGGAUAAGCGGUUCAUGUGGCUGCCCUCAUACGAGCAGCGCAGCCCCUACUUCGACGUGCACAGCAACACGGGCAUGAUAACCAUGAAGGAGGGAACACCCAACGGGACGUAUCUACUACGGUUCAACGUGACAGAAGAGAACGAGCCCCUCGUACCGUUCCACUGGGUGGAGGCGACCGUGAACGUGACGAUAAAGGAGAUCCCCGAAGAAGCGGUCGACAAAUCCGGUUCGAUACGCUUCGUCAACAUAACUGCCGAGGAGUUCAUAGUGCCCGAAGGAGACGGUACGAGUAAAAAGGACAAGCUGCAUCGCCGUCUCGCUCAGCUCUACAACACGUCUAUGGACAACGUGGACGUCUUCACCGUGUUCAGCAAACCCACCGUGAAGGACGUCUUCUUGGAUGUCCGGUUCGCAGCGCACGGGUCCCCCUACUAUCCCGCGGAGAAAUUGGAUAGUAUGGUAAUUGGGAUCCAGGAAAAGCUCGAGGAGGAUCUGCAAGCCAAGAUAUACAUGGUGAAGAUAGACGAGUGUCUGAUCGAGAAGGAGCAGUGCGAGGACUCCUGCCGCAACGUCCUGAUGAAGAACAACGUGCCGUUGUCAGUCUACACCAAUACCACCAGCUUCGUUGGCGUAUCAGCGCGCGUGGAGUCGGAAUGCACCUGCGACGUCGAGGAACCGCUGGUCUGCUUGAACGGAGGCACACCUUUCGCGGACAAGUGCGAGUGUCCGGAAGGCCUGUCGGGCCCGCACUGCGAGCAGACCUCCAUCGGUUUCCAUGGCGACGGCUGGGCCAUGUAUCCCUCCCCGCCCGCCUGCCACGAGGGCCACGUCACCCUCACCGUGACGUCACACGCCAGCAACAGCCUCGUGUUCUACCUCGGCCCGCUGAAGCACAACCCUCUGCUGGACGUUCAAGAUUUCAUGUCUCUCGAACUGGUGGACGGAUUCCUCGUCCUCCUGGUCAACUACGGUUCGGGGACUACCCGACUCAACAACAGCGUGGUGCACGUCGCCGACGGGAAGCCCCAUCUCAUAGAGAUCGUCCUCAUGCGGAGCUCCAUAGAGAUGUUCGUGGACAGGUGCAAGCUGUCGACGUGCAUGAGCCUCGCAGCCCCGACCGGACCACGGGAAAUACUGAAUGUCAACGGGCCCCUCCAAUUGGGUGGCGCGAGCAUCGACCUGCAGUAUCUCGCGCGGACUUUCGGCUGGCAGCACGUGCCGACGAACCAACACUUCGUCGGUUGCAUCAGCAAUUUCACGUACAACGACUUCAUGUACAACUUGGGCGAGCCGUCCGUCCAUCACAACGCUGAUCCCAGCUGCCAGAAAAGCAUGUUCACCGCGAUUACCUUCGGCAUCGACACCAACUUCCUGGUCGCCAUAUUAGUCUGCAUAGCGAUAUUAGUCAUACUGCUGCUGGCGGUGGUGGUGCACCGGCGGCGUGCCGACGCCUGGGCGGAGAAGGAGCUGGACGACAUAAGGGAGAACAUAAUCGCGUACGAGGACGAGGGCGGCGGCGAGGGCGACGCCGGCUACGACCUGCACGUGCUGCGCCAGAUGUACGACGGGCCGCCGAUGGACGGUGACCGCUCCGCCACCUUCAUGCAGGCCCCAGUGGUGGGAGCUGCGCCGGACAUAUCCGGAUUCCUGGACGACAAGAAAUCCGUCCUCGACCGAGAUCCGGACAUCAAUCCGUACGACGACGUCCGGCACUACGCUUACGAGGGAGAUGGCAACACUAGUGGCUCUCUCUCUUCUCUCGCAAGCUGUACCGACGACGGCGACCUGAAGUUCAACUACCUGUCCACGUUCGGGCCCCGCUUCCGCAAGCUGGCGGACAUGUACGGGGACACAGAGGAGGAGAGGGCGCCGCACGAGGAGUCCUGGUGC